AUGUUUUUAUUUACAAUAGAUUUUUAUAAAAAUGGCUUAAUCUUAGCGCCAUUCCUUUUUAUUAUUUUCAUUGUGGUGAAACGAAAAUUGAAGAUAGAGCUUAACAAUGUGAUAAAAAUCGAAUCGGAGGAGACCUGUAUACCGGAAAUAAUAUACUUUGGAAGUAUGCCUCUUGAGGAUAAGUUAAAAAAACUAAUCGACGAACUUAAUAAAAUUAAAAAAUUUAUACCACUCGAAGAAACGUUAAAUAGUUUACAAAAAUGUUUGACGGACACACAACAACUAAAACACAAAAUCAAUAAAACUUAUCAGGUUGAACAAGUAGAACUAAAUAACGCGAUCUUAUGGCUAGAAAAAUCAAUUACUACUCGUGGUAAAUAUAAACCAAUACCUCGCGAUGAACACAAACUUGAAAAUCACGAUAUUAAUGACGUAAAGGAAGAAAUUAAACGAUUAAUUACAAUGAAAGCGUCCAAAAAUGUAUUAAGAGAUACUGCAGCAAAUUCUGCGGACAUCAAUAAUAGUGCAGACGUCGACGACAAUGAAAGUAACAUGACAGAUACAGAUAGCAUAACACCCCAAAUUUCAAAAGCAAUCGAAACGGAAAUAAUUAAAAUUCCGGACAUAAAAUUAGAAAACAUAUUAGAGAUCAGGCACAUGUUUAAUCGAUUUUUGCCUGUGAUAAAAAUGUGGUCCCUAAAACUGUUUGAUGAUAUGUCGGAGAUGAUUAAAAUGGUAUACGUAAUAUUAAUGGUUAUAUAUUGUUCCAUAUUCAACCAGGACAAUUGGAAAAAUACAAUAAACCCAACAGUAUCCAGACUGCCAAAUAAAUUGAUCUCCAUCCAGACAAAAGUUGACAACAAUGACGGCGUAACGUCUAUAAAUUUAGAAUUAUUUCCGAAAACACCGGAAACGAUUAUUAUUGUUAUGGUCAAGUAUUGCUAA